GAAAGUCGCAAAGAGCAAGACGGCAUCAGAAUGCGUAUUUGUCGAAGAACAUUGUUUAAAUCGAUGCCAUUUUUUAAAAAGAAAGCAUCGCUUAGACGUCCUUUUGUCACCAAGUGCUCUAUUGUAAGUCCGCCUCUCGUUGCCUGCCUGAUGUUUAUUGAGGUUGCCGGAGCAACACACCCCGCCUAUGAGGCCGGUUUUCCACCGGGAUCCCGUCUGCAGCUGCGGCUCAAACAGACGCCAGAUGUUGCCAAAGAAGGCAGGGAAGUUUUCAGCCCUGGUUUCGCCGAGGACCUGGUGCGGCGGUGUGACUAACGGACGGAAGAAGCGCAGGUUAUCCCACAGCUAAGGUGUUAUGAGAGUGGCUGUGAUGGAGAGAUGAUGGAGGUGGAGUCAGCAUAUUCGGAUUUCAUCAGCUGCGACCGCACGGGCCGCAGGAACGCCGUUCCCGACAUCGGCGGGGAAGGAGCCAAAGUGGGAACAGGCGAGCUCACCAAAGACAUGGCUCAGAUGGACCUGAAAGCUCCAGAAGAGGAAGGCACGAUAGCAUCGCAGAGCUCCCAAGGGGAGGUGGCUGGGAGUCAGGAAGGACAAGAGAAAGAGGGACCUUCUUAAAUGAACUUAGACUGCCAGGAACAGGCCUCCAAUCAACAGACCCACUAACACUAUCAGACUCCCUCUGGAGAGAAACUCGGACAGAACCCUUUCGUAGAUCCACUGUGUCCCGUGGGAGUACCAUGGAAAACAAGAGUAUCCCAUUUCAUAAAACCUCAGAAUAAUUUCCUGAUGUUGGAUUCUUGGGAACAAUACAGAAUUAAAAAAAAAACAAGUUUGUUCUUGGGUGUAUCCUCUAAUUUGUGACAGAGCCUUUCUUUUGGUUUUCUUUGUGAUUCCACUCUUUGGAAUGGAUUUUGUAUGCUGCAAUGAUUCCCACUGGAUAGGAUAUUCCAAAGAGUAGCAAUCUUUUUCUCAUCCAAAAAAGGAACAGAAAAGACAACACACAUCUUCUACAAGUUUUGGAAAGAAAGAUGUUUCUGAUUUAAACCUACCUAGACCUAAAAUGUCAAGCCCCAUAUUACCAAAAGCAGUCCUAAUUUUGUAUAUACAAUUUAUAUAUACAUUUAUGUUUUUUGUUUCUUUUCUGAAAACCAUUUUCUGUCUCUGUUUCAUAUCUGACCAACCUUUAAUAUCACAAAUAUUGUAUUUCGUUGACUAUGAAACAUGCCUAUACUUUAGGAGAUAGUAUUUAUUUUAGAACGCUUUCUGAGAUAUGUUUGUAAUAGAGUUUUGAAAACAAAAUAAAUCAAAAGUACAGUAUA